GGAGCGAGCUGUGGUGGUAAAGGCUGCGGUAGUUGGUAGGCACCGGUUGAUACUGGGACGAAUGGAAUAGGGCGAAGAAGCGGUAGCAACUGUGCUAGCCUGAGCCUCUCAGUGCGUGACGACCGCACGCCCCCUGGGCCCUCUGGCGGGCGUCGGCUGCUCCGUUUAGGGCCUAGUUUCCAAGCAGUGCCUGGGCUUCAUACAGAGGCGGCCGCCAUGAAUCCUUAAGGGCGCACCAUGGAGCCGGGGUCCGACGACUUCCUCCCGCCGCCGGAGUGCCCGGUGUUCGAGCCCAGCUGGGCUGAGUUCCGAGACCCUCUUGGCUACAUCGCGAAAAUCCGGCCCAUCGCAGAGAAGUCCGGCAUCUGCAAGAUCCGCCCACCCGCGGAUUGGCAGCCACCUUUUGCUGUAGAAGUGGACAAUUUCAGGUUUACUCCUCGGAUUCAGAGGCUGAAUGAACUAGAGGCCCAGACAAGAGUGAAACUGAACUACUUGGACCAGAUUGCCAAGUUCUGGGAAAUCCAAGGCUCCUCCUUAAAGAUUCCCAAUGUAGAACGGCGGAUUUUGGACCUCUACAGCCUCAGCAAAAUCGUGGUGGAGGAAGGUGGCUAUGAAGCCAUCUGCAAGGACCGUCGGUGGGCCCGGGUGGCCCAACGCCUCAAUUACCCACCAGGCAAAAAUAUUGGCUCCUUGCUACGCUCCCACUAUGAACGCAUCGUUUAUCCCUAUGAGAUGUACCAAUCUGGAGCCAACCUGGUGCAGUGCAAUACACGUCCGUUUGAUAAUGAGGAGAAAGACAAGGAAUACAAACCCCACAGCAUCCCUCUUCGGCAGUCUGUGCAGCCUUCCAAGUUUAACAGCUACGGCCGGCGGGCCAAGAGACUGCAGCCUGAUCCGGAACCCACAGAGGAAGACAUUGAAAAGAAUCCAGAGUUGAAGAAGUUACAGAUUUAUGGGGCAGGCCCCAAGAUGAUGGGCCUGGGUCUCAUGGCCAAAGAUAAGAAUCUGCGGAAGAAAGAGCCAUUUUUCUCUCUCUUAGAUAAGGACGGGCCUGAGUGUCCCCCUACUGUAGUCGUGAAGGAGGAAUUAGGUGGCGAGAUGAAAGUGGAGUCAGCCUCACCCAAGACCUUCCUGGAGAGCAAGGAGGAGCUGAGUCACAGCCCAGAGCCCUGCACCAAGAUGACCAUGAGGCUGCGGAGGAACCACAGCAAUGCCCAGUUUAUUGAGUCAUAUGUAUGCCGAAUGUGUUCACGAGGGGAUGAAGAUGACAAGCUCCUGCUUUGUGAUGGCUGUGAUGAUAACUACCACAUCUUUUGCCUGCUCCCUCCUUUACCUGAGAUUCCCAAGGGUGUCUGGCGAUGCCCCAAGUGUGUUAUGGCGGAGUGUAAGCGCCCUCCUGAAGCCUUUGGCUUUGAGCAGGCUACCCGGGAAUACACUCUUCAGAGCUUUGGUGAGAUGGCUGACUCCUUUAAAGCUGAUUACUUCAACAUGCCUGUACAUAUGGUGCCCACAGAACUGGUGGAGAAGGAAUUCUGGCGACUGGUGAAUAGCAUUGAGGAAGAUGUGACCGUUGAGUAUGGGGCUGACAUCCAUUCCAAAGAAUUUGGGAGUGGUUUUCCUGUCAGCGACAGUAAGAGGCACCUAACCCCUGAGGAAGAGGAAUAUGCAACCAGUGGUUGGAACCUGAAUGUGAUGCCAGUGUUGGAGCAGUCCGUACUGUGCCACAUCAAUGCAGAUAUCUCUGGCAUGAAGGUACCCUGGCUUUAUGUGGGCAUGGUCUUCUCAGCCUUUUGCUGGCAUAUUGAGGAUCACUGGAGUUACUCCAUUAACUACCUCCACUGGGGUGAGCCGAAGACCUGGUAUGGGGUACCCUCACUUGCAGCAGAACAUUUAGAAGAGGUGAUGAAGAAACUGACACCUGAACUCUUUGAUAGCCAGCCUGACCUUCUGCACCAACUUGUCACCCUCAUGAAUCCAAACACCCUCAUGUCUCAUGGUGUGCCGGUUGUUCGUACAAACCAGUGUGCAGGAGAAUUUGUCAUAACCUUUCCCCGGGCUUACCAUAGUGGCUUCAACCAAGGCUACAACUUUGCUGAGGCUGUCAACUUUUGCACUGCAGACUGGUUGCCAGCUGGGCGCCAGUGCAUUGAGCACUACCGUCGAUUGCGGAGAUAUUGUGUCUUUUCCCAUGAGGAACUCAUUUGCAAGAUGGCUGCCUGCCCUGAGAAGCUAGACCUGAACCUGGCAGCAGCUGUGCAUAAGGAGAUGUUCAUCAUGGUGCAGGAAGAGCGGCGUCUACGAAAAGCCUUGCUGGAAAAGGGUAUCACAGAAGCUGAGCGAGAGGCUUUUGAACUGCUUCCUGAUGAUGAGCGUCAGUGCAUCAAGUGUAAGACCACAUGCUUCCUAUCUGCCUUGGCCUGCUAUGACUGUCCAGAUGGCCUUGUUUGCCUUUCCCACAUCAAUGACCUCUGCAAGUGCUCCAGUAGCCGACAGUACCUGCGGUAUCGGUAUACCUUGGAUGAACUUCCUGCCAUGCUUCAUAAGCUGAAGGUUCGGGCCGAAUCCUUUGACACCUGGGCCAACAAAGUGCGAGUGGCCCUGGAGGUGGAAGAUGGGCGGAAGCGCAGCCUUGAAGAACUGAGGGCACUUGAGUCUGAGGCCCGUGAGAGGAGAUUCCCUAACAGUGAGCUGCUACAGCGAUUGAAGAACUGCUUGAGUGAGGCAGAAGCUUGUGUGUCCCGGGCUCUAGGACUUGUCAGCGGCCAGGAAGCUGGUCCCCACAGGAUAGCUGGUCUACAGAUGACCCUGGAUGAGCUCCGGGCUUUUUUGGACCAGAUGAACAACCUUCCUUGUGCCAUGCACCAGAUUGGGGAUGUCAAGGGUAUCCUGGAACAGGUUGAGGCCUACCAGACUGAGGCCUGUGAGGCCCUUGCCUCACUGCCCUCUAGUCCAGGGCUUCUGCAGUCCCUGUUGGAGAGAGGGCAGCAGCUGGGGGUAGAAGUGCCUGAGGCACAGCAGCUUCAACGUCAGGUGGAACAGGCACGGUGGCUGGAUGAGGUAAAGCGCACGCUGGCCCCAUCAGCUCAAAGGGGCACCUUGGCUGUCAUGAGGGGACUGUUGGUUGCGGGUGCCAGCGUGGCUCCGAGCCCUGCUGUGGAUAAGGCCCAGGCUGAGCUGCAGGAGCUGCUGACUAUUGCUGAACGUUGGGAGGAAAAGGCCCACCUCUGCCUGGAGGCCAGGCAGAAGCAUCCGCCAGCCACGCUCGAGGCCAUAAUCCAUGAGGCAGAAAACAUCCCUGUUCACCUGCCCAAAAUUCAGGCUCUCAAGGAGGCUCUUGCAAAGGCUCGAGCCUGGAUUGCUGAUGUUGACGAGAUCCAAAAUGGUGACCACUACCCCUGCUUGGAUGACUUGGAGGGCCUGGUGGCUGUGGGUCGAGACCUCCCAGUGGGUUUGGAGGAGCUAAGACAGCUAGAGCUACAAGUGCUAACAGCACACUCCUGGAGGGAGAAAGCUUCUAAAACCUUCCUUAAGAAGAAUUCUUGCUAUACGCUACUGGAGGUGCUCUGCCCGUGUGCAGAUGCUGGCUCAGACAGCACCAAGCGCAGCCGGUUGAUGGAGAAGGAGCUGGGGUUGUACAAAUCUGACACAGAGCUGCUGGGGCUGUCUGCGCAGGACCUCAGGGACCCAGGCUCUGUGAUCGUGGCCUUCAAGGAGGGGGAACAGAAGGAGAAGGAGGGUAUCCUGCAGCUGCGCCGCACCAACUCUGCCAAGCCCAGUCCAUUGGCAUCGUCGACCACAACUUCCCCUGCAACUUCCAUUUGUGUGUGUGGUCAGGUGCCAGCUGGGGUGGGAGCACUACAGUGUGACUUGUGUCAGGACUGGUUCCAUGGGCGAUGUGUGUCUGUCCCUCGCCUCCUCAGCUCCCCAAGGCCCAGUUCCACUUCAUCCCCACUAUUGGCUUGGUGGGAGUGGGACACCAAAUUCUUGUGUCCACUGUGCAUGCGCUCACGGCGCCCGCGUUUGGAGACCAUUCUAGCACUGCUAGUAGCCCUGCAGAGACUGCCUGUGCGGCUGCCUGAAGGUGAAGCCUUACAGUGCCUCACGGAGAGGGCCAUUAAUUGGCAAGGCCGUGCCAGGCAGGUUCUAGCCUCUGAGAAUGUGACUGCUCUCUUGGGACGGCUGACUGAGCUUCGGCAACAGCUGCAGGCUGAAUCCAAGUCUGAGGAGCCCACUACCUGCCUGCCUGCCCCUGCCUCUGACUCUCUCAGAGAAGGUAUUGGCAAAGACAGGCCUAAGGUCCAGGGGGUGCUGGAGAAUGGAGACAGUGUGACCAGUCCUGAGAAGGUAGCCCCGGGGGAGGGCUCAGACUUGGAGCUGCUUUCUUCAAUGUUACCACAAUUGACUGGCCCUGUGUUGGAGCUCCCUGAGGCAACCCGGGCUCCACUGGAGGAGCUCAUGUUGGAGGGGGACCUGCUAGAGGUGACCCUGGAUGAGAACCACAGCAUCUGGCAGCUAUUACAAGCUGGACAGUCUCCAGACCUGGAACGGAUUCGCACACUUCUGGAGCUGGAGAAGGCAGAGCGCCAUGGGAGCCGGACCCGGGCCCGGGCCCUGGAGAGGCGACGGCGGCGGAAGGUGGAUCGGGGUGGGGAGGGCGAUGACCCAACCCGAGAGGAGCUAGAGCCAAAGAGGGUACGGAGCUCAGGGCCAGAUGUUGAGGAGGCCCAGGAAGAGGAGGAGCUAGAGGAGGAAACUGGGGGUGAGGCUCCGCCCCCUUCCCUCCCCACCACUGACAGCCCUGGCACGCAGGAGAACCAGAAUAAGAACAGCUUGGAGCCAGCACUGGGGGCCAAUUCAGAUCCUUUGGCCCCUUUUCCCACUCUGACUCCCCGGCUGCAUGUGUCCUGCCCACAGCAGCCACCUCAGCAACAGUUGUGACAGUAGCUGAGCCUAGCACAGACCCUUUCAGAGAGCCCGCUGGCCUCAAGGAUCCUCUUUCUGACCAUCAAGCCUGCUUCUUGGGAGGUGGGCAAGUGGGAGGGGGUGGUCACACCCCCAGCCCAACCCUGAGUCCCUUGACUUUUAUAUUCUGACUCCAAGGUAUUGUUCAGACCUCAGCUCCUGGGGGCCGGCCCCUGGAGUUCCCCUUCCUGGUAGCCUCUAACCAGCAUUCCCAGACACCUGAGGCAGAUAGAUGGAUGGGCAGGUGGGCAGAGGGGGUUGGCUGGGGCUAGGCCAGCACCAUUCCAGAGACAAGGCCAGUGCUUAUGUAUACUGGGGGAAUCUCCUCUCCCUUCUCUCCCCAGUUCUGGCCCUGGCCAGGCCAUGCUACACUAACCUCACCUCCUCCUCUCACUCUUUCUCCUCCCUCCCCUCUUUACCACCUUCUCCCUUUUUCUUCUUCCCUUAAUCAGUCUACCCAGGAGGAGGAAAUUUCACAUAGCUGUGCUUACAGUUUUUUAUUUUAAAACUUUUGGUUGGGGAGCUAACAACUCCCAAUGAUCUGAAGAAAGCUUUUGGUGCUUGUCCUCACAGCCACUUCAACUUUUCCUGUCCUACCCUGUAUCCUUUCCUCCUCCUGGGUUCAUGUUGUAAUAAAAGAAGAUUGUUGGUGUGUAAUUAAUUUGUUCAAAAAAGAAAAAGCAAAAGAAGAAACUUGGUUCCAAUUGAAACCUAUUUUAAUUUUAUUAUAUUAUUUUUCCUCUUCUUAGAAAUAAAACCCUUAGCAACA